AAAACCCACUAAAACCCUAACCAGAAAGUAGUUCUUCUAGUAGGCAAAAAAAGGGGUCGCAAUUACAACAAAUGCCGAACUGUAUUGUUGUUAUUGCUCAUCCAAGGAUGCUUCUCAACACCUGCAUUUUCUUGAUAUGUCUCUUCUCCAUCUCUCUCUUUCCUCUUGUGAGAGGGAAAGACCACCACAAUUUGACCCUCCUACACCAGCAUCCAUACCCUGAAGCUGUUGUUGAAGAUUUGCAGAGGAAAGUCGAUGCGUCACUAUCAAGAAGACACCUUCUGUCUCUCAAAGCAAAUGACAAACAAUGUCUAACCGGAAACCCAAUCGACGACUGCUGGCGGUGCGACCCCAACUGGGCAAGCAACCGCCAACGCCUAGCUGACUGCGCAAUAGGGUUCGCACAGGGAACUCUAGGAGGCAAGGGCGGCCAGAUCUAUGUAGUCACGGACUCCUCCGACCGGGACCCAGCAAAUCCCACUCCGGGAACUCUCCGCCACGCUGUAAUCCAGAAUGAACCCCUCUGGAUUGUCUUUGCCUCAAACAUGCUUAUCAAGCUCAAGCACGAGCUCAUCUUCAACAGUUACAAGACCGUCGAUGGCAGAGGCGUCAAUGUCCAAAUUACCGGCAAUGGCUGCUUUACCCUUCAAUACGUGUCCCACAUUAUCAUCCACAACAUCCAAAUCCACCACUGCAAGCCUUCGGGCAACACAAUCAUAGCCUCCUCACCUACCCACAUUGGCUACAGAAGCAAGUCGGACGGCGACGGAAUCACCAUCUUCGGAGGCCAGAAAAUCUGGAUCGAUCACUGCACACUCUCUUACUGUACUGACGGGCUAAUCGACGCCACAAUGGGAUCGACGGGGAUCACGAUUUCGAACAACUAUUUCUCGCAUCACAAUGAGGUCAUGUUAUUGGGGCACGACGACAAAUAUGUUGUGGACACCGGAAUGCAGGUCACGAUAGCGUUCAAUCGAUUCGGCGAGGCGCUGGUGCAGCGUAUGCCUCGGUGCAGACUCGGGUACAUACACGUGGUCAACAACGAUUACACUUCUUGGGAAAUGUAUGCUAUCGGCGGUAGCGGUAACCCCACCAUCAACAGUCAGGGUAACCGAUAUAUUGCUCCGGCGGACCCUGACGCUAAAGAGGUUACGAAGCGCGUGGAGACAGACCAGCAAUGGACAGGAUGGAAUUGGAGGACAGAGGGGGACAUAAUGGUAAAUGGAGCGUACUUUGUGCCGUCGGGUGGUGGGUUCACGGCCCUGUACGCCAAGGCCUCCAGUGUCGAGCCCAAGUCUGCAGCUCUUAUUGAACAGCUCACCACGAACGCCGGUGCGUUUGGUGGCCCCAGGUACAACAGUGAGGACAAUUAUAGUCCUGGAACCACCACUGGUGGGACCAACGGCGGCAGUGGUGAUGGUGACUUCUUAGGAAUGACAUUUGGGACCGCGGCGCCACCGUCAUCCCCACCACCAACAUCAUCUAUAUUUUUGUCUCUUGUGAUUAUUUUAAUUUUGUGUACAACCACCAUUAAUGGUGCUCCUCAAUUUGCAUUAUAGUAGAAGAUUGAAACGUAAGUAAAAUCAUUGAGCUUGAGAAGGUACA